AGAAUUGUCCAAGUCACCAGGAAGAUGGCUGACACAAUAUGUUACAUGACCCAAUACUUGAAGAAAAAAGGCCCAAUACCGAACAAAGAGGCAUUUGUCACCGCAGCCAAAGAUGUGAUCUCAAACUGCCAGUCAGUAACUCAGUUUAUCAGAGUUAUUACCAACCACUGCCUGGAUAAACAAUGCACGGUUGAACUCUCCCUCAUAGUUGAGCAGAUUCUCACCAUCACCAACCAGCUCAACAUCAUCUCCAGUGUCAAUGCUCUAACACCCGGUUGCAAAUCAUCUGAUGAGAUCCUGGUGAAGAACGCACAAAAUCUACUCCAGACGGUCUUGCGUGGGGUCCAUGCUGCAGAGACAGCCUGCAUGACAGGUCUGAAGCAACCAGAGCCAAACUCAGAUGGUGCAGAGGCUACAGCCUUGUGUUUCCAGUGGAGAAGGAAGCUGGAGAUCCAUCGAGCCCAGCAGACUUUUAACCUAGAGACUGAUGAUCUGGGUUUGAGGAAGACCUCAUCCCACCCUGUAGCACCCAGUCUUGCCCCGACACUUAAUGUGACCACCACCCCUUCAAAACACAAGUAGUAUUUCUGUCUCAACGAAUAAGAAUCCUACCUGUGAUUACAUUUUUGCUUUUUAUUUCAUAUAAUAAUAAAGAUGUGAAACCCACUUACAUUUUGAAGUGAGCUUUCACAGACUGUCAUGGUCAAGGACAACUGAGCAAAAUUUGAUAUAGUUUGUGGUUGAAGACGU